GCGAUGCAGAAACAACUUUGGGCAAACGGAACGUCACCUAGAGCUGAAACGUCUGGGAUCGCAGCUUUCAGUUCCUCCGCGGGAAGUGCGCCUGAACGAGCGGGGCAGAAGGAGGAGCCCCCAGAAGCUCUGGGGGCCAUCAGCCCGUAGUAGCCCGGAGGCGAAGAGCGAGAAGACUCAGGUGCCGGCGGACCGGUCCGGAGGAUGGGCGGUCAGUUUGCACUCGGCUCGACCCCGAGGGCGGUCAGGUGCAAGAGGGCGGGGGCUCCAGGCCUCGGGCUGCGGAACCAGGGCGGGCCGCCCGGCGGGGCAUUUAAACCGCGCUGACUGCCGGCUGGGACACGCGCCCAACUCUGCGCCCUCCUCCGUCCGCCCUCUGCGCUCCGGGUUCCGGCUGGACAAGAUGCGGGCUUCCUUGGCUCCGGGUGUCUGGUUCCUCCGCGCCUUCUCCAGGGACAGCUGGUUCCGAGGCUUUGUCCUGCUGCUCACCUUCUUCAUUUAUACCUGUUAUCAUAUGUCCAGGAAGCCCAUCAGUGUUGUCAAGAGCCGUCUGCACCAGAACUGCUCAGCACUGAUCAGUCCCAUCAACGACACCCACAGUCUCAAUGACACCACCUGGUGCAACUGGGCUCCAUUUGACCAGAACAACUAUAAGGAGUUACUGGGGGCCGUGGACGAUGCCUUCCUCGUGGCCUAUGCCAUCGGCAUGUUUAUCAGUGGGAUUUUUGGGGAGCGGCUCCCCCUCCGUUAUUACCUUUCAACUGGAAUGCUGCUCAGUGGCCUUUUCACUGCACUCUUUGGCCUGGGAUAUUUCUGGAACAUCCACGUGCUCUGGUACUUUGUGCUCAUCCAGAUCUGUAAUGGACUCGUCCAGACCACAGGCUGGCCCUCCGUGGUGACCUGUGUUGGCAACUGGUUCGGGAAGGGAAAGCGGGGGCUCAUCAUGGGCGUCUGGAAUUCCCACACCUCCGUGGGCAACAUCCUGGGCUCCCUGAUCGCCGGCAUCUGGGUGAAUGGGCACUGGGGCCUGUCGUUUGUGGUGCCGGGCAUCAUCAUGGCUGCCAUGGGCGUUGUCACCUUCCUCUUUCUCAUCGAGUACCCAGAAGAUGUGGACUGCACCCCUCCUCAGCACCAUGGUGGGCCAGAAGAGAACCAGGACAACCCUGAGGACCCUGAGAAUGGUCCCUACUCUAACAGGGAGAGCAGCCCGGACACUGCUACCAGAUGCUCCAAGGAGCCAAGUGCUCAGCCUGCUGCCAUCAGCUUCCUUGGAGCACUCCAGAUCCCAGGUGUGAUCGAGUUCUCCUUGUGUCUGCUCUUUGCCAAGCUGGUCAGUUACACCUUCCUCUACUGGCUGCCCCUCUACAUCUUCAAUGUGGCUCACUUUGAUGCCAAAGAGGCUGGGGACCUGUCUACGCUCUUUGAUGUUGGUGGCAUCAUAGGUGGCAUCUUGGCGGGGCUCAUCUCUGACUACACCAAUGGCAGGGCCACCACUUGCUGCAUCAUGCUAAUCUUGGCUGCCCCCAUGAUGUUCCUCUACAACAACUUUGGCCAGAAUGGGAUUACCAGCUCCAUAGUGAUGCUGAUUAUCUGCGGGGCCCUGGUCAACGGCCCUUAUGCGCUCAUCACCACUGCUGUCUCAGCUGACCUGGGGACUCACAAGAGCUUGAAGGGUAAUGCAAAGGCGCUAUCCACGGUCACGGCCAUCAUCGACGGCACUGGGUCCAUAGGUGCGGCUCUGGGGCCUCUGCUGGCUGGGCUCAUUUCCCCCACAGGCUGGAACAAUGUCUUCUACAUGCUCAUCUCUGCUGAUGUCCUGGCCUGCUUGCUCCUCUGCCGGUUGGUAUACAAAGAGAUCCUAGCCUGGAAGUCGUCCAUGAGCAGAAACAGAGGCUCUAGUCUGGCCCUAACCCACCCGCGGUAGUAUUUUCCUCAAGUCUCAUGACUUUUGUAUAAAGAAAUAUGAAACCCUGAUUGGAAGAGAAGUCUGGAGGGCCCCACCUGGGUCCCAAAGUGCUCCCCCUGGGCAAUGGAAACUGCCACGGAUGGGCGAGGCAAAGCCUCUUGACUUAACACCAGCCCAGCCCACAGGGCCGCUAAGGGACCGGGAGAUUCUCCACGGGAAGGGGAUGGCCAACACGAGGAAACGGAAGACUCAAGGGCCCAAGCUUUGGAAGCUGCAAGCAGAAGGGAUGGGGAUCAGAGCUGAGUGGUGUCUCAUCUUGGUAAUGGAUCUGCUCAGACUCCUGCUUUUUCAGAUUCCAAGAUAGAAGGCAGAGGCUCAACAGGGCCAAGGCCUGGAAAAGAACUGUCUCUCUUUCUCACGUUCAAUUUGCGCUUCUGUAAUCAGCUUGUCCCAGUAGGUAGGUACCUGCACCUGUCUCCGAGCUGCCCAACCUCUCUUGGUCCCUUUGUCCACAAGCCAGUUUUCUCUGUGUGUUUCCCCAAGUUGGACUCUCCUCUUCUACCCUCCAUCUGAACCUCUUUAUCAUUCCUGACCCGUUGGAUUGCAGCGUUAUUGCUGUAUCCUCCAGGGUCGGGACGAGGGUGAGGCAAGGGAGGCCUCACCUUGGGCUCGUGCCCAUGCCACCCCUGAGAGUGGCGGCCUCCCUUGCCUCACUCUGGUCCCGGCCCUCUGUGUCCUCCGUGGAAGAUGACGACAGAUCAAGGCAGUGUUGCGGGGUGGGGCUGGGGAGUGGGGCCAUAUAAAAAUAUCAGGGUGUGUGUUAAAUGUUUUGAUAAUGAAAGGUCAAUGGUUAUCGAGUGCUCGCUGUCUGCCAGCUCUACUCAAGGAAUGGAGUAGACAAUGGACACAGAAAAAGAACUUACGCCCUAAGCACAGGUGCCAAGGUGACAAGACUAGCAAGAAAGAAGAAUGCUCCUGGUUCAUGUGCGCGGCUGUUACAUUGCAGUUGCCUGGGGCUCUCUGCAGCCGGCCUUUCUCCCCUGUGUUCCUGAUGUACUUUUUCUGGCCUCCCCCAAUCCUGGAGUGCUACAUGCCAGGCAAACUCUUGGCAUUUCUGGCUGACCUUUGAAGCCGCCCAUCGGCACCAAUACAGACUUCCUUUGCCA